AUGUGCUUAUUUAUCUUGUUUUCUCUUGAAUUAGGCAGAAAUAAUUUUUCAGGUAUGAUACCUUCUGCGUUGUCGAAACUUUCAUUCCUUCAAGGGCUUUCCUUACCUGAGAAUGCUCUAGAAGGCACCAUUCCGGCAGAGAUAUUUGAGCUUAAAAAUCUUGCUGAACUGAAGUUGCAUAAAAAUAGAUUCGGUGGUCCUAUUCCGGACUUGUUUUCAAAACUUGAUAAGCUUACUUACUUGGAUUUGCACGGUAAUAACUUUCAAGGGUCCAUACCCAGAAGCUUGAGCUUUCUUAACAGACUUUCGGUACUGGAUCUUUCUCGCAAUAACCUCACAGGAGCUAUCCCUGGAAAUGUGGUUAAUGGUAUGAAAGAGUUGCAGAUACUCGUAAACUUUUCAGGCAAUUCCUUGUCAGGGAGGAUCCCGGAAGAGCUCGGUGAGUUGGAAAUGGUGCAGGCCAUUGAUUUGUCUAGCAAUAAUCUUUCGGGAAGCAUUCCUGUUACACUUGGACGCUGCAAGAACUUGUUACUACUUGACAUUUCCGGAAACACCCUUACUGGUAAAAUUCCCGACAAGAUUUUUUCUCAAAUGUACUCUUUAUUGAGCUUGAAUCUUUCAAGGAACACAUUGAAUGGCACGCUCGGGGAAAAGUUUACAAAUCUGAAACACAUCAGCAUCCUUGAUCUAUCUGUAAACAAUUUUAGCGGCGCCGUCCCUGAGAGUUUUACAAACCUUUUCACCCUUAAACAUCUGAACCUUUCAUUUAAUCAGUUUGAAGGACCUGUUCCAACAAAAGGAUUAUUCAGAACUAUUGGUUUAUCUAGCUUGGAAGGUAACCCGUCACUUUGUGGAACCAAAUUUCUGAAUUCAUGCAUCAGCGAAAGCCACUCAAAUUCUCGUAGCCGGUUCUCCAAGAAGUCUAUCUUGAUUCUAGGCGUUCUUGGAACUGUAAUUGUACUUCUUCUCAUGGUUCUUAUUGUUGUAAUUUUCCGUCGGAAUGCUAGGAAAAGAGAUCCCGAAGGUGAUACGGUCCAUGUGGAUUCAGAAACACAAUACUCUGUAACUCCUUCACUGAAGAGAUUUGAAAGAAAAGAAAUAGAAUCAGCAACAAAUUUCUUCGAUGAGGGUAAUGUGCUUGGCAUAAGCAGUUUGAGUACUGUUUACAAGGGUAGAUUGGAAAGUGAAACACUUGUAGCAGUAAAGAAGUUGAAUUUAAAUCAGUUCCCCGAGGAAUCAAACAAGUCUUUUGAUAGAGAAUUGAAGACCUUGAGCCAUUUAAGGCACAAAAAUCUGGUUAAGAUACUUGGUUUUGCAUGGGAGAGCGGGAAACUGAAGGCUUUGGUUCUCCGGUACAUGGAGAAUGGGAAUUUGGAGAGUGUUAUCCAUGAUAAUAGCACAGACAGGUCAAGGUGGACAUUUGAUGAGCGGCUGAAAGUGUGUAUUUCUGUCGCCAAUGCAAUGGUUUACUUGCACUCAGGUUACGGCGACCCAAUUGUGCACUGUGAUCUUAAACCGUCAAAUAUUCUUUUUGAUGAACACUGGGAAGCUCAUGUUAGCGAUUUUGGAACAGCUCGAAUUCUAGGUGUUCAUCUCGAUAAUGAAAGUGGCAUUUCUUUGUUAUCUGCAUUUCAAGGCACAGUUGGGUAUUUGGCACCAGAGUUUGCGUAUAUGAGGAAGGUUACGACAAAGGCAGACGUUUUCAGCUAUGGGGUAUUAUUGAUGGAGUUGUUAACUGCUAAAAGACCAACAGGGACUAUAGAAGAGAAUGGAUUUCCGAUUACUCUGCGACAGUUAGUGGAGAGAGCUCUAACAAAUGGAGGCGAUGGAAUUCUUAAAAUACUGGAUCAUGAUAUGAGCUUAUCAUCCAAAGGAGGGGAAGAGAAACUAAUAUUGUUGCUUGAACUAGCUAUCUCUUGUACCUGUCCUUCCCCUGAAGAUCGGCCUGAGAUGAAUCAGGUUUUGUCAAUGCUCGUAAAGAUAAGUGAAGGUAAUAAUGGACCCAAGACAUAUAUGUAAAUUCAAAUAUUGUAGUAUGAACUAAUCAAAAUGGAGAAAAACAGGGGGACUGGAAAGU